AUGGAUAAGUGUAAAGGAAAAUAUGGUGUAACAGUUGAAGAACUUCGGACUUUAAUGGAGUAUCGUUCUACUGAGGCUGUUGAGAAAAUUAAUACAUCAUAUGGUAGUAUACAUGGAUUAUGUGAAAAAUUAAAUACAGAUCCUAAUAAUGGUAUUAGUGAAGAUGAAGUUCUUGGAAGGAUGGAUUUCUAUGGUAAAAAUGAAAUUCCUCCACCAAAGGCAAAGUCGUUUUUUGAACUUGUGUGUGAUGCAUUAAAAGAUGCUACUUUGAUUAUUUUAUUAAUUAGUGCUGGUAUCUCUUUAGCAUUAUCAUUUUAUCAUCCAGAUAAUGGGUUAGAACAUGAUGAGACAGAAGCAGAAGCUGGUUGGAUAGAAGGAGCCGCUAUUUUAAUAUCAGUAAUUGUGGUUGUUCUGGUUACCGCUGUUAAUGAUUAUACUAAAGAGAAACAAUUCCGUGGUUUACAAUCUAAAAUUGAAACUGAGCAUAAAUUUUUUGUUUUGCGUAAUGGUAUUUCGAAAGAAAUUUACAUUAAUGAAUUAGUUGUUGGUGAUAUUGCUCAAAUAAAAUAUGGAGAUUUAUUACCUACAGAUGGUAUAUUAAUACAAUCUAGUGAUUUAAAAAUUGAUGAGUCAUCACUUACUGGUGAGUCUGAUCAAAUUAAAAAAUCUGUUGAACAUGAUCCAAUGUUAUUGUCUGGUACACAUAUAAUGGAAGGUAGUGGGAAAAUGGUUGUUACUGCUGUUGGUGUUAAUUCACAGACAGGAAUUAUUAUGUCACUUCUUGGUGCUGCUAAAGAUAAUAAGAAAGAAGAAACUUUAAAUAAUGAUGAAAAAAAAGAAUUAUUAGAAAACUUUGAAUUAGAAGGUAUUUCAAGUAGGGCAAAUGUUGAAGAACUUAAAAAUAAAGAUAAAAAAGAACGUUCAGUAUUGCAAGCAAAACUUACACGUCUUGCUAUUCAAAUAGGUUAUUGUGGAACAGUUGUAGCAAUAUUUACAGUUCUUGUACUUUUUAUAAGAUUCUGUAUUGAUCAUUAUAUAAUUUCAGAAAAAGGAUUUGAUAUUAAUGAUAUUCAAUAUUUUAUUAGUUUUCUAAUUAUUGGUGUUACAGUUCUUGUAGUAGCAGUUCCUGAAGGAUUACCUUUAGCUGUAACAUUAUCUUUAGCUUAUUCAGUUAAAAAAAUGAUGAAAGAUAAUAAUCUUGUAAGACAUCUUGAUGCCUGUGAAACUAUGGGAAAUGCAACAUCAAUUUGUUCUGAUAAAACAGGAACUUUAACAACCAACAGAAUGACAGUCGUUCAAAGUUAUAUAAAUGAUGUUCAUCAUAAACAAAUUCCUUCUUUUGAGAGUAUUGAUAAAUUUACAAGAGAACUUUUAAUAAAUGGUAUUUCAAUUAAUUCUGCCUAUUCUACUCAGGUACAUCCUUCUAAAAUUCCUGGAGGACAAAAAGAACAAAUUGGUAACAAGACAGAAUGUAGUAUGUUAGGAUUUGUUCUUGAUCUUGGGCAAUCUUAUCAGGAUAUUCGUAAACAUUAUCCAGAAGAAAAUCAUUUUAAAGUUUAUACUUUUAAUUCACAAAGAAAAUCUAUGUCUACUGUUAUUAAAAUUGACAAUGGUUAUCGUAUUUAUACUAAAGGUGCAUCUGAGAUUGUUCUCAAAAAAUGUCGCUGGAUGCUUGGUAAAAAUGGUGAAAUUGUCAAAAUGUCACAAAAUCAAAUUUCUGAUAUUUUUAAAAAUGUUAUCGAACCAAUGGCAUCAGAUGGUUUGAGAACGAUAGGCAUUGCUUAUAAAGAUUAUACAAGACAACAUAAAAAUAAAAAUGACAUAUCUUUUGAUGGAGACAUAGGUUGGGACAAUGAAAAUGCUGUUAUUAAUGAUUUAACUUUAAUUGGAAUUGUUGGGAUUCAAGAUCCUGUUAGACCAGAAGUACCUGAUGCUAUAUUAAAAUGUCAAAAUUCUGGAAUUACUGUUCGUAUGGUAACAGGUGAUAAUAUUGCAACAGCAAGAGCAAUUGCUACACAAUGUGGAAUAUUAAAACCUGGAGAUGAUUUCUUAGCAUUAGAAGGUAAAGAAUUUAACAAAAGAAUUAGAGAUUCUAAUGGUGAGGUAUCUCAAGCUAAAUUAGAUGAAAUAUGGCCUAAAUUGCGAGUAUUAGCUAGAGCACAACCUUCAGAUAAAUAUGUUUUAGUAAAUGGAAUUAUAAAUUCUAAAAUUUCAAAAAAUAGAGAAGUUGUUGCUGUAACUGGUGACGGAACUAAUGAUGGACCUGCAUUAAAAAAAGCUGAUGUAGGGUUUGCAAUGGGCAUUGCUGGAACCGAUGUAGCUAAAGAAGCCUCUGAUAUUAUUUUAACCGAUGACAAUUUUACAUCAAUUGUAAAGGCCGUCAUGUGGGGAAGAAAUGUUUAUGAUUCAAUUUCUAAAUUUUUGCAAUUCCAAUUAACUGUUAAUGUCGUUGCCGUAGUUGUCGCAUUUGUUGGUGCUUGUGCUAUUGAGGAUACUCCUUUAAAAGCUGUCCAAAUGCUAUGGGUUAACUUAAUUAUGGAUACUCUCGCUUCAUUAGCUCUUGCUACAGAAUACCCAACAGAAUCAUUACUUAAUAGAAAACCUUAUGGUAGAACCUCACCUCUUAUUUCAAGCACAAUGUCAAAAAACAUAGUUGGACAUGCUUUAUAUCAAUUGGUUGUUUUGUUCACUUUAAUAUUUUGCGGAGAUACUUUAUUUAGUAUUAAAUCAGGUAGAUAUACCCCUCUUCAUGCUCCACCAACACAACAUUUUACUAUCGUUUUCAAUUCUUUUGUCAUGAUGACACUUUUUAAUGAAAUUAAUGCAAGAAAAAUUCAUGGUGAAAGAAAUAUUUUUAAUGGUAUAUUUUCAAAUCCUAUUUUCUAUUCUAUUUGGAUAGGAACUUUUAUAUUUCAAAUAUUAAUUGUUCAAUUUGGAGGUCGAUGGUUUCAAACAGCUCCUUUAACUGUAGACCAAUGGUUAUGGUGUCUUGCUUUUGGCAUUGGAACCCUUCUUUGGGGACAAGUUGUUACUUCAGUUCCAAUAUCCUGUAUCUCAAAAAGACUUUCAAUUGGAAGAGAAGAUGCUGAAGAAUUUCAGCGGUUUCUUCCAGAAACUCAUAGAUCAGAUGAUCAUCCAGAAAUACGGAAUGGGCAUAUCUUAUGGCUACGUAGUUUAAAUAGACUUCAAACUCAAAUCCGUGUUGUAAAUGCGUUCCAAGCUGGUAUUAAUCGUCAUGAGUCAAUUUAUUUUAGAUAA